AUGAUUAAACCUUUAUCUUAUUUAAAUGUAGCAGAUAAUAGUGGUGCUCGUGAAUUAAUGUGUAUCCGUGCACUUGNCGGUAGUUAUCGUGAAUCUGCUAAUAUUGGAGAUGUAAUUAUUGCAGUUGUUAAAGAUGCUUUACCUAAUAUGCCUGUUAAACGCUCUGAUAUUGUACGAGCUGUUAUUGUUCGUACACGUAAAGGGAUUCGUCGUGAAAAUGGAAUGAGCAUACGUUUUGAUGAUAAUGCUGCCGUUAUUAUUAAUAAAGAAGGAAAUCCACGUGGUACACGUGUUUUUGGUCCUAUUGCACGCGAACUACGUGAUAAGAAUUUUACAAAAAUAGUGUCUCUAGCACCUGAAGUUUUAUAA